GGGCACCUGUCGGCGGCGCCUGACCCGUCGGCGUCAAGUUGGUGCUGGGCCCUCGGAUUUCUGCAAGGCUUCGCGGCGGGCGUCUCGGUCGCGGGGAUCUUCAUCGUCCGCGAGGCGGACCUCCCCGCGUCGGCGGCGUCGGGGUUCGAGCAAGCGGCAGCGGAGCAGGCGCAGCUGGCGCGGCGCAGGGCGCUGACAGGGCGAGAGAUCUGGCACGAGCGCUUGGUCAUCCUGGGGGCGUACAUCAUGACCCCCGACCUCGACGUGUACCCCGAGGACCAGUUCCUCUCGAGGGACGUCGAGGGCAUCAAGCCUCUCGCGGGGCAGGGGGCAGUGGUCGACGGGGUGGGUGCUGGCAGCGUGUACCGCUUCAGGCGGGUGCCCUCGGCGCAGGAGGUGUGGGACGCUGUGCGCGAGGCGGUCGCUGUUGGUGCUGGUGCUCUUCCGCAGGAGGACUUCGGCAUGCACCUCGGCGAGGGGAGCGUGCUCGGGAUGGCCCCUGGGCUGCUCUUCCUCCGCGACCCCCAGGCAGCAGCCUCGCCGCCCAGGGGCGGCCCCCUGGUGCCCGCUGCGCCGCCCGCGCUCGGAGGAGAACCCCCUCCGCACGGGCCUCCCGACCCCCUCGGCGACGCGCUGGCCUCUGCCCUCCGGCCCGGCGCGCUCCCUGGCGCUGCCGUGGGCGGCACGGCCACGCCCCCAGCGCCCGAUGCCCCUGGCGCCGACCCGCGGGUCCUCGUCGUCACGAGGGACACGCGCGGCCGCCGCGAUCGCUCGUUCGGUGACGCGCUCAAGGAGCAGACGGAGCUCGAGCGCGAGGACUGGCCCGUCCUGGGCCCACGGGCCCUUCUCUGGGUUCUCACGCUCAUGCUCAGGAUGGCGGGCGGCGCCGUGGCGUGGCACACUCGCUGGCUCGCCGUGGUGGGCAUCGCCGAGAGUGAGGAGGCGGCGAAGCAGCACGAGACGAUCUGCCGCAUCCUCGAGACGUCGAUGGUGUGCGACCAGUUGGUGAUCACGGAGCUGGCAAGCUUCGAAUACCUCGCGCGGCAGCUGCAGCUCAUCGAGGAGAGGGUCUACGACGAGAAGACGCGGAAGACAGCUGCCGCGUUGAAGGGUCAGGGCAAGAAAGAGGCGCCAUGCCAGGACGCUCUGUCCACCGAGGUUGGCCACUUCCUCGGGAUCGGGGAGACGAAGGGCAACCUCUGCAUCUGCCCAGCGCUGAUGCAGUUCAUCGCCGAGCAGAUGCGCAACGAGGCGGCGGUGCCCCUCGCCAGCGCCAGCGGGAUGCUCUGCCGCUACCUCUGCUGGAUGUCGACGCGCGGCUGCACUCCGUGGCAGGGCGUCGGCCUCGUCAGCAGCGCCGCCCGCGGUGCUGCCUGGCGCCGGUGGUGCAACGAGGGUAUCGAGGCUUUCAACUGGCUCCAUGGGCGCGCUGAUAGGCUUCCUCUCGCUCGCGGGUCAGCGGAUCAUUCCUUGGCGCAGCACGUCGCGGUCGAGGAGCUUCAGGAGAAUUACCGUAGUUUCGAGUUGCCAGCUGGCUACAGCGAGCAACGACAGUUCUGCGAAGCAUCCCUUGCAGAGGUGCUCUCUACGACCCCAGGCUGCCAGAACAGCUCACGGGUCAGACCCUACGACAAGGCCCUCGUGGCCUGGCCUGCUCUGUCGGGGCCGCCUGUCGAGGCGGGGUCCGUCGCGCAGCAGGCCGACGCCAUCCAGCUGCAGGGUUGGAGGCAGAGUAUGUUGAGAUCCGAAGACGAGAUCGCGGAGCUCCAG